UCAAAAUGACAAUGUCCGCCGAGUCGGAGCAAAUCCCGGCUCUGUUCACGCCGGUGACCGUAUACUCGCUGCUCGCUUGCGGUGCGCAGUUUGCGGCUGGUUACGUGCUCGCUCAGCUGUGGGGCAAAAAGUGCUCUCGGUCGGACAGAUUGGUGUUAGUGUGGCUGUUUUAUGAUGCCAUUGUUCACAUUACCUUGGAGGGUCCCUUCGUAUACAUGUCGCUGACUGGAACCGUGGCAACCUCAGACAACAUCUUUGCUGAACUCUGGAAGGAGUAUGGGAAGGCAGACACACGCUGGCUUCAUUCAGACCCCACCAUCGUGUCCCUGGAGCUGCUCACUGUGGUUCUGGACGGCUGGCUGGCCCUGGUGCUCAUCUAUGCCAUCAUCAAGGACAAGCACUACAGGCACUUUGUCCAGAUCACGCUGUGUGUGUGCGAGCUCUAUGGUGGCUGGAUGACCUUCUGUCCUGAUUGGCUGGCGGGCAGCCCCAACCUCAACACCGGCAACUGGCUGUACCUCUGGGUCUACCUCAUCUUCUUCAACGGGGUGUGGGUGGUGCUGCCGGCGCUACUGCUCUGGCAGUCCUGGCUAGCACUCAAGAAAACACACCAAUCACAGUCAGCCCUGGCUGAGAGGAAGGUCCAAUAGACAGCAAGUCAUGCUGACUCUGUGCGGUCUAGCAAAGGAUAGAUUUUGCACACAACCACCUGACCCAAGAUCAUUCCAUCUUCUUGAACAUAAUGGUAGGGGUUAGGAUGAGAGAAAUAUAAAUUGAUCCUGGACUUAUUGCUAGAGGCAGUUUACAUUUUAGAUAUUCGUUCUGUUUGAUUUGCUUUCAUAUAGUGAAAUUGGGUUUAUUACCUGAGUGCCCUUAUUUUCCCAGAAUACAAAGUCACUACAGUUG